UUUCCUUUAAAACAAUGCCUUUCACGGGGAAAUUCUGACAAAGGGGAUCAAUGGAACCACUCCGUGAAAGACAACAGGAGUCUUGCCACUUGCCGUGCAAGACACGACGGGCGGGAGGCCUUCGUCAGCAAUAGCAUCCCGAGCUUGUUUCGCUUGCUGAAACUUCCUUCGCCCACUCCUGUUCCCUUUUCGCUUUGUUGCUUCCGUUAUUGCGUCAUGUUACGGGAAGGAAAAAGAGUGCUAUUUCGGCGCUUGCCUCUCGAAGCUGUUUUUGUGGUCCGUUCUCGCUGCAUACAUUGGGGCUCCUCAUUCCCAUGUAUCACGUAUUGCCGUCGUGGAUCGGACCGUGUUUUCAUGUCCUUCUUGACUCUCCUCACUCUGCAAGGCCUUGAAUACAGUAUUUCGAAGUUGUUGCUUUGAAUGGGUAUGCUUCUCGUACACGACUAGACUUUUCUGACUUGCCAGUCUCGGGCUAGCUGCCGUGACUUUUAUGCUCAGGACGGAGUGCCAUGUCGGCUGCGAUUAGCGGAAUUUUUGCGAGAGACGGUAUCAACCACAUGCCUAGCAGAAAACGCAAGCAAAACUGACUACAACAGGACAAAAGGGGAAGAUAAUGGCGGACAUCCUGCAGGAAAACUUCCAGGAUUUGGUACAUUCGCCUGGAGGUGGUCGCAGUGGCACCACGGGCGACAGUAACGGCCAGUCGAAGGCGUCUUCAUCUUGGGAUGUCUCUAAAAAGUGGUAUUUCAAGCUUUUUGACGAAGAGGAAGCCGCUUUUUUUCAGAGCUCUGUGAAGUGCCUGGCAUUGCAGUGGGUACUGAACAUCAUCUGCAACGUGGGAAACUUCGCUCUCGCCUUGGUCAUCACCAUUCAUCCGGAAUGCCUUCACGGGCACUUCAGCUGGACCACGGUUCACACAAGCAUUAACUUGGUUGUCCUAUGCGUUAGCAUGUUACUUGGCAUUGUAGGGAUCCGUCAAGGUUCAACAGCGAAGCUGUUCCAAUCCUGUGCUGGGCAUCUCCUCCUGAGCACAUACGAGCUCCUCCUCUUUAUCCGGGAUUUGUGCAUCAUCUGCUUCUCCAUGGAACAAGAUCGACUUUACGUUUACUUCCGCGGUGGAACCUUCCAGCGGUCUCUCUUCACUGGCGUCUGCUCGACUGCUGGGGUUUCCUGUUUCAUCUCCCUUCUCAACGCGUACAAACUCCGCAAGCUCAUGAACGUGCUACACAAAGCACUGCCUGCUGGAGAUGCGUCUGCCCAGGCGUAGAAGACAGGCACGAUGAUUUUGUUGCGGCAGCAGCGGCUGCUUUCAUGGUGAUAAAGAGGCUCUCUGAGAUUGAGGAGAGAAAACAGACGAAAUCUGAAUUUGUUUUGAGCUUCAGUACCAGUCAGUCUGCUAACGGUGAAUUGCCUGCUGGCCUGACCCCGAUACGUUCUCUGAAUCGAACAGCCCUCGAAGUAGUGCAAGUGGCCUUUACUUAUUAUCUGAAAGGUGUCAGGAAUACGUUGUCUCUGUGCCAAAGCUGGUAAACUAGACAGAUCAAACACUCUUUCGAAACCGGUUCAAGUGAGUAUUUC